CCCCACCGCGGCCUCUUCUCCCUCUCUCUCUCUCUCUUUCUCCCUCGGCCCGGCCGAGCGCACGGACACGGUCCAUGCGUGCGAUUUGACUCGCGCGCGCACGCCUCUCUCUCUCUCUCUCUCUCUCUCUCUCUCUCUCAGUCGCUCGCUCUCUUCUGCGUCAUUAGCUUCGCGCUGCGUCGGCGAGCACGAGAUCUGGUCGAGCUAUCACGGGCGCGGGCGCGUCCAUGGGUUGGCCGAGCAGGAGGCGGGGCCGGCGUCGCAGCAUCUCCGCCGCGCUCCUCGUCCUCCUCACCUUCUUCGCCGCUGCCAUCACCGGGACGUGCACGUCGGCGAGGGGGGGAGGCAAUGGGGUGGCACCGGAGGAGUACUCCUGGGACCCCGUGACAAUGGCGGCGCGUCGGGGGCUGGUGGGACCAGGGUCCUCGCCGCCGACGUGCCACAGCCGGUGCGGGGGCUGCCACCCGUGCCGGCCGGUGCACGUGGCCAUCCAGCCCGGCCGGAGCUUCCCGCUCGAGUACUACCCCGAGGCCUGGCGCUGCAAGUGCGGCAACAAGCUCUUUAUGCCCUGACCGAGCGGUAACUCUCCCGACGCACAUACUGAUGCUUCACUCAUUGAAGCUAGCUAGUUACCAAACUCUUCAAGGCAGCUGGGUUGGCGACUACUACUACUGAUUGCACGCAGGGGGCAGUACUACUACUACUGGCGUAGAGAGACACGGAGAACACGGCAAGAAAACAAUUUGAUGAGAAGAGACACGAUGAGGAGAUUUGCCCAAGAAACAAACCAUGGAUGGAACCUUCGAUUCUAUCAGCUAAUGAUUGAAAACCAUUGCUGAGUUCUUGGAGAUUUAUACAAGUGUAUUGUGUUGUAAGUAACUGGUCGUGUUUUGUGUGUACAAAGAGAGAGAUGUCGAUGUCGCCAUUUUUGUUCUUCUUUUUCCUGCCCUUUGCUAAUUCCUGCUGUUGGUUCUUGACUUCAUUUCAGCUGUACGGAGUGAUUUCCCUGCUAUUAUGAUCUGUGCUAGCUGUGAACUUCUUAAUCAUCUGGACAUAUGCAUCUUGUUGCUGUGGAUGGUGAGGAUGAGAAUUGAAAAUUGCUUCUUUCUUCAGGUUCUUGCAUGUCAAUGUUUCUUGUGGGCGAUGCAUCCGU